AUGGAUCAACCUGUUGAAGAGAUUGAUGGUUUGCAAACAGUGCCAAUUCCGGAUAGUGUUUUUGAGGAUACGCAUCCUUUAUGGGAAGAUUUCCUCGUGGGCAGGUUCCUGACCAAAGUUCCUUUUGUGGAAGGUAUCCACACUCUGGUGAAUAAAAUAUGGACGCUAGGUGACAAAACAGUAAAGAUUAAUGUGUUUGUGAUGAAUGUCAAAACAGUGCGCUUUCGUAUUAAAGAUGAACGUACACGAUCUAGUGUUCUUAGGCGUGGUAUGUGGAAUCUCUGUGGAGUUCAUGUCGUCUUGUCGAAAUGGAGCCCCAUCGUGGAUAUGGAACAAGACGAGAUCACGACUAUUCCUCUUUGGGUUAUAGUCAAGAAUGUUCCACCGAAGUAUUUCUCUUGGAAGGUCUUGAGUGCAAUCACAAGCCCUUUAGGAGUACCCAAAAAGUUAUAUCCUGAUACAGAGGCGUGUACGACGUUUGAUGAAGCUAAGGUGUUUGUGGAAGUGGAUUUAACAAAGAGUUUACCUAAAAACUUUUCUUUUAAAUCAGAAAAAGAAGGUGACACUGUUGUGGAAUUUGUCUAUCACAGGCUGCCACCGAGAUGCACACUUUGCACAAAAUGGGUACACCAAAAUUCAGACUGUUUGCAAAAGAAAAAUGUGAUUGUGGCCGUAACUGACCCAAACGGAGACAAAUCGCCACAUCCUGGUGGGUUGAGAGAGGAUUUGCAGAGUAGAAAUGAUAAAAUGGUCAUUGGCGGGGAACCAAAAACGACUUUGGUGGAAACAGAGCACAAGGAGUCUGAAAACCACUCAGACGAGGAAACAGGAAUUGAGGACUUGGGUUGGAUUACACCAACUAAAAGCACGCGUAGUCCGAUAAAGACUAGUGUACCUCGUUUUUGGUGA